CACAACUCUUGCAGCCAUGAAGUGGAGUCUGUGGUUAACUGCUACUAUAGCUCUUGUGCUGCAGCUGUCAAUAAGUGAAGGGCUAAAAUGUCAUACUGAUGAAGAUUCACAAAACCCAGAUGAAUUUCAAGAGGUUGCUGCCAUAUGUAUGAAGAAUACAUCAGGAUCUGAGCUUAACAGAAGUGACAGAGAAAAUAAAAGGAAUGGAAACAAUUAUCACAAAAAUAAUUUUGGAAACACCAAUGACAACUGGAGCAGUGGUGGUAUGGGGCAGACCUUCCCUGGUUAUAAUAGUGAAAAUGAAGGCUAUGGUUUGCAUGGCAGUGGUAGAUGCACUGCCAAUAAUGAUGGAUACAACAAUAACAGAAACAACAUGAAUCAAAAUAACAUGAAUGGCAUGAGGCAGAAGCCACGAAAUCGUAAUCGAAGAUCUGGCCAGCAGUCUGAAGCAGCAAAUGUUGAUUUGGAAGAUAUUGAACCUUGUGCAGUUCACUGUAUCUUCAGGCAGAUGGGAAUGCUGGGAGAUGAUGCUCUUCCAGAUAGAUCUGCUGUUGCAAAAGUCAUGCUUCGUGGUGUCAAAGAUACAGAAGUCAAGGACUUUGUUCAGGAAGCUGUAGAAGACUGCUUUGAUCAAGUUGAGUCUGAUCGAAAAGGGAGCAAAUGUGAUCUUUCAAAGAAUGUAGCAUUGUGUCUUCGGCAAAAAGGACGAGAGAACUGUGAAGAUUGGGGUGAGCAAGAAGACGACCAACAAAGCAACCAGAAUAAAAAUGGAAACAACAAUGGAAAUAACAGCAAUAACAGUAAUAACCAGUAUGGGAACAAGAAGUGGAAUUAAGUACUAAUACUUGCAUGUAUGAAAGAAAGAUGGCACACAUCUUCAGUGUACAAGACCACAUGUUCAAACUUUUACUUUAAAAAUUAUGAUAAGCAAAAUAAAAUAUAUUAUUAAAUUGUC